GGCGCAGUCAGUGCGUGAGGAGGACUACAGGCUGCGGAUAUUUACAGUCAGAUCAAACCGCAGACAACAGACAGAAUCCUCCGCGAGGACAUUAUUCACAUGUCUUUAGACAGACAUUGCGGACUCCGUGAAAGUUUACUGAUGCUGUUCCGUCUUCUCAAACUUCAAGCAGGACACAUUGGGAGCUGAUCGGUCCGAGGGGACAGUGAAGUGGUCUCUCCUCGCGCCAGCAGUGUGCUCGGAGCGGCUGUCAGAGGCGGAGCGGCGCGCGCCUCGCUCGCUUUUUACGCGCAAAAGGAAAAAGAGUCAUCAGGCACCACCGGGGAUCUGAGACCAGGGAUCCGAGACCGGGGAUCCGAGACCGGGGAUCCGAGGCCGGGGAUACGAGACCGGGGGUCCGAGACCAGGGAUCCGAGACCAGGGACCCGAGACCGGGGAUGGAGAUUACUAACGGGGUUGGAAUUAACGUCGGAAUGAAAACUGCGAUGUCGUGAUCAUCGACUGCAUCUCCCGGACAGAGAAUCCGCCUGAUACGAGAGAUGGACUUGGACUGCGUUGUAAAGCUGUGUCGCUGCUACCACAUCUCCACAAACACCAGGAGGUCGUGAUGAUGAGGAUGUGUUCGGAGCCCCAGGCACUGCAAAGGUGUGAAGAUGGAGUCCUGACCUCAGAUGGUUCUUCCACCUCAUAAUCCUCACCCUAUUCACUGUCCUCUGGUUCUGUUGGUGUGGGAGGGAGAGGCGUGGAGGUGUGAGCCCGUCAGUGAACCUAUGGCAGAGAGACAGCACGGUGCAGGUUCCUAUGUAUGACUCUACCAUGGACCACAUCAUCUACUGCCUGCUGGUCCUGGGAGCCACAGUGAUGACCACCCAUGCAUGUCCCAAGUACUGUGUAUGCCAGAAUCUGUCUGAAUCCCUGGGGACACUGUGUCCCUCCAAAGGCCUUCUUUUCGUGCCUCCGGACAUUGACCGCAGCACAGUGGAGCUCCGUCUGGGAGGCAACUACAUCAUCCGCAUUACGCAGCAGGACUUUGCCAAUAUGACCGAUCUGGUGGACCUGACCCUCUCCAGGAACACCAUCAGCUACAUUCAGCCCUUCUCUUUUGGUGACUUGGAAACACUGCGAUCGCUUCAUGUGGACAACAACCGCUUGAUGGAGCUAGGCCCUGAUGACUUGCGAGGCUUGGUCAACCUGCAGCACCUCAUUGUUAACAACAAUCAACUGGGGCGCAUCCAUGACAAGGCCUUGGAGGACAUGGCACCUGCCUUGGAGGAUCUGGAUCUGUCCUACAACAACCUGAUGUCUCUGCCCUGGGACUCAGUCCGCCAGAUGAUAAACCUGCACCAGCUUAGUCUGGACCACAACCUAUUGGACUUUAUUCCAGAGGGCACCUUCACUGACCUGGAAAGGCUGGCAAGAUUGGACCUGACUUCAAAUCGCUUGCAGAAGCUGCCCCCAGACCCCAUCUUUGCCCGUGCCCAGGACUCAAUGAUCCUGACUACACCUUAUGCUCCCCAGCUGUCCUUAAGUCUAGGCGGGAACCCACUGCACUGCAACUGUGAGAUGCUGUGGCUGCGGAGGCUUGAGAGAGACGAUGACCUGGAGACCUGUGCCUCCCCUCCUGCCCUGAAGGGUCGUUACUUUUGGAAUGUGAAGGAGGAGGAGUUUUUGUGUCAGCCACCUCUUAUAACCCAGCACACCCACAGAAUGCUGGUCUUGGAGGGCCAGACAGCCGGCCUAAGAUGCGAAGCAACUGGAGACCCUUCUCCUACCAUCCACUGGAUCUCCCCUGAUGAUCGGCUGCUUGGCAACUCUUCACGGACUGCAGUGUACAGCAAUGGAACCCUAAGCAUCACCAUCACCACCUCCAAGGACUAUGGCACCUUCACCUGCAUUGCUGCUAACGUGGCCGGGGAGUCCACCGCCUCCGUGGAGGUGUCCAUCGUUCAGCUCCCCCACCUCAGCAAUGGCACCGGGCAGCCGGCACCACCAAAGUCACGCCUUUCUGAUAUCACAGGGACCACCAGGAUCAGCAAAGGGGCUCCAAAGAGCCAACCAGAGAGGACUGUGUCCGUCUCCGAGGUGACAGCUGUUUCAGCACUGGUCAAAUGGACAGUGAGCAAAUCAGCUCCCAAGGUGAAGAUGUACCAGCUCCAGUACAACUGCUCUGAUGAUGAGGUUCUGAUCUACAGGAUGAUCCCGGCCUCCAGCAAAGCUUUCUUGGUGACGAAUCUGGUUUCGGGGACCCGCUACGAUCUGUGUGUGCUGGCCGCAUGGGACGACUCCGCCACCACGCUCACGGCCACCAACGUCGUGGGCUGCACCCAUUUCUUCACCCAGGACGACUACCCUCAGUGCCAGUCUCUGCCCAGCCAGCUGCUGGGUGGCACCAUGAUCCUGGUGGUGGGGGGCAUCAUCGUAGCCACGCUGCUCGUGUUCAUCGUCAUCCUCAUGCUGCGCUACAAAGCUACAGAUACUGAACCCCCGAUGGGCAAACUGACCAGUGUCAGUGACACAUACUCUCAGACCAAUGGGGGUAGACUCGGGCCAAAUGGACUUUUUAUGCCCCAGUCUCAGCCUCAGCCGGAGCCAAAGGUCAAGGCCAAAGUGACUCUGCAGGACGAGGUGGUGGAGUUCAAGUGUGGCUCCCUCCAAAGCAGCCUCACCUCUUCUUCCUCAUCCUCAGGCUCCAUGGGGGGGGGCUCAUACAGCCCCAACAGCACACUUGCCAACAUUUUGAGGUCAGCUCCCUCCAAGCCCCGGUCCAACCUGGACCACCUGAUCGGGGCUUUCACUUUGCUGGAGCUGCGGGGGUUACAGGGCCGUGACCCGGGAGCCUCCGGUAGCACUGCCACGGCAGCAGGGAAGCCCCACACAGACAGGGAGCCGCUGCUGGGCCGGACGCUGGACUCCAGCCUCAGCCGGCUCCUCAUGCUACCUCUGGACUCCAAGCCGAAGAGGAGCCAGUCCUUCGACAUGGGAGACAUAACGGUCGCCGGGGCCGCUCAACUGUGCAACAAAUCACGCAGGACCAGCAGUAUCUGGACUAAGAGGAGCCUGUCUGUGAACGGCAUGCUGCUGCAGUGCGAGGAGGAGGUGGACACGGGGGGGAGCAAGGGGACAAUAGACAGCGCUGACUGGGUGAUGGAGAGUACUGUCUAGGAAAGAUGGAGGACCGUCACACUGUCAAACACUGCACACAUGGACCCGCUGGUCUAAGAGCCUUCGUCCUGCAUGAAGCACACUCAUCUUCCUCCCCUCCACUCCACUGCUCAGACUCAGGUGGGACAGGUCUUCACUGUCAGAGACAAUCACAAACUUUAGAAAUGAGACCUCUGAAUAGUUCUGCCUCACUCUUUGUUCAGAGAUGGAUUCAAACGGUCGGUCGGCCACUAAGAGCUGAAGGGAAAUGACUACUAUAGAAAUAUGUGAUCAUGCCCAUGGACUGCUAUUAUACUGUAUACAUUUAAAGUAUGUAUUGAAAUUAAAGUUUUAUAUUUUUUAUUUUGCUGGUCAAACACAAAUGAUCCAUUACUGGUCUCUGCCUUUUACACAAGAGAAGGACGUGACCAGUGGUUACAAUAUCAAAUCUUCUACUGUAAAUUCAUCCUCAUGUCAGUUACCUAACCAUGUGUUAGGUGUAGUAACGAUGUAGUUUAACCUCUUCUGAUGGAAUGGUGCAGUAUAUAUAUAUAUAUACAGUAUAUAUAUAUACGUAGAUGUGAUGCUUUGAUUCAUGAAGAUUUUAAGAAAAAGAUUUAUUGAUAAAGCUGUAUGUGAAUAUACUUUAUAUACAGAGUAUAUAUUUGAGGAUUCAUUCAUCAGAUUUUAUGUGACUGCAUAGAUUAUAAAACCCACUAUCUCCUAAACUAUGGCUGUACUGUAUGAGAAGACUAGACUCCGUUAACUGUUCCAAAAAAUGCCAAAAUGUUGAAGCGUAAAAGUGGUGCAAUGGGAAGGAUGUUCCAAGACUAUUCGGCCUGUUAAUUUUGUGUACAUUCGUUAGGUCUAAAAGCAAAAUCAAUGUUUUUUUAUGGGUUUUAUUGUUAUUAAUUCAAAAGUUAUUUUUUAAAAGAUGUACCCCUGUUUUGUUACAUAUUAAUGGCCCACAAUUCACUGAAAAUAUACACAUUCAGGGCAAUGUUGGCCUGAAAAGCAGAAUUUCCCUUCACACACUAUCUUCUGUUCAUUGUUCAGCAUCUUUAGAAGAUACAGAACCAGUCACUGAGUCUCUCAAGUUCCCUACCAAGGUUUCAGAAAGUCCCAGAAUCCAUCUGGAGGAGAUAUAGGUUUACUCCGGGUUUAAUAAGUCAAAGAUCAUUGUCCAGAAGGUUUCUGUUAAACAACAGGAAGCUGUUUGUUUUUAUCGUCUGGUGUUGCAUGUUUCUGCCGACCCGACCCAGAGACAGCUCAGUCCAGUGUAUACACCCAUGCUGUCAUUUCUCACCUGUUGUCUCAAUGACCUUUUUAUGUGAUAUUCCUGAUAUGACUGCGUGUGUACAGUGGCUCUACAGUAUAUAUUGGAUUAUUUUGUACCAUACUCCAGUUGGAACAUGUGUGACAGAUGAGGAGGGAGGAGCAGCUGUGUCACAUCUUACCUGGAGCUGGAACAGAUGUUUGUGUGGUCAAAUUUGUUGUUUUUGCUACUAAGAUAAAACUAAACAUCUCCUGAGACA